GGGCGCUAAAGUGAGGGGAAACAAGGAAGCUUGAAAAUAGAUGACAUAAAUGUCGGCAAUACCUUCCAUCCGCCGGUCGUUUGGACAUAUUUUUAAGCGAUUACGCAUUCGCUGAAUUUAUCGUCUGCUUGUCUAGGAUCUGCUGGAUCUACUUUCUUUAAAAAGUCAAUGGCGUACAAACUUCGUCUUCUGUCAGACUGGUUGAUAUGCCUCGUGAACCACACGAUGUUCCCGACAACUGCCUAGCACAGCCGAAUUGGCUAGAAUAAGUCAUCGAUGUACACACUUUUCUAAUCUUUGCAAGGAUGGCCAAAUCGAAGAGUUCUUCGUCUUUGGUUUCAGUUUUGUAUGCCUUCGCGUGCGUACGUGAGGCAUGUGUUUUGUUGAUGAGCGUGAUAUUCAUUAGAUCAGCUGGUGAGUAUGAACUUAAGCUAUGAUGUUGUUAAUUUGAAUUUUGAUUUUUAUACAUGUCGUCGGCAAAUACUAAUAAUAAAAUGAGAUUCUUUGCGACAUUUUGUUCGUAAGUGCGACACGUCUUUUAUUUACGAAAAACUAACCAGAAUGAACAGUGUGAGUUAAGAUUCAGAAAACCACCAAUUUAAUUAGACCUAUUUUAUAUUAUGUAUAGAGUUCACUGUUUGUUUAUAACAAGGAACGAGAGGUUUACUUAAGCUUAAAUAUGGCAUGCAUACGUUUUGUGUGGUAUUGUGUGGGUUUUUGCCCUGGCUUUUGGUUUCUCCGUGUUUUACACUCGGUUAAGUACAUUUAUUAUUCAUUCAAAAUAUUUCCCCGAUUCUGAUUGGCGAAAAGCACACGUUUAAUUCACCAUAACCGGUUACUGAUGACCAAAUUUGGCAGAAUUUUGACUUUAACGAGGAAAUGACGUCAAAAAUGCAGCGUUUUUGCAGGUUAAGGCACCGUUAACCGAGAAGACCUGGGGACGAGGUUGAGUUGUUUUGGUUGUGAACUUGAAAAAAUGGCGGACAUUUCACUCGUUUCAAGAGUAAGAACUAGGCGAAAAAAUCGCUAAAAACACGGCAAGAACAGCAAGAAGACAACUCGAAGGGCGACAUCUGCUAUUUGGAGAAUAUUUGCGGAGCUGGACAAACCUAAACGUACACUAUCGAAGAUGAACUGAACAUCGAUGGAUCGAUGGAGGUAAGCAUGUUUUAGCUAUAUUUUUAAACUAGGAAUUAUUUUGAAUAAAUAAUAAAACAGUUAUUGAAUUCGGCUUUCGUAUCAUAUGAAGAAUUAUGGAGAUCUCGGAGGGUGUUAUCCGCCUCGGCCUACGGCCUCGACGGAUAACACCCUCCUCGAUCUCCAUAAUUCUUCAUAAGAUACUCAGCCUCAUUCAUUAACUGUUAAAUAAUUAUGCAAUAAUGCGAUUUACAGGCAGUGUCCUAAAUUUCUGGAUAGAUUUUCUCGUCUGAAUUUAAAAACAGUCGAGUUGGGUAGUAACUGUUAAAUACCCUGCCAUGAUGACUGUGUGACUGAAGGUUAGUAAUUCAGUACUCUCUGGAAAUGCCUUAGCCUGAGAAAACAGCCAACAUUUGGCGACGCUACUACCUCUGGUUUCCCCGCCGAAUGAUGUCUGAGAAACAAGUGCAGAAAUUCCAUACUGAUGACGCGUCACUACCCAGAUCUGGGUAGUACUUCUGAUUGAUAGAAUCAAAUUUCCCAGGUGGCAUGACCAAUCAGAAGCACUACCCAGAUCUUAGUAGUGAUGCGUCAUCAGUAUGGAAUUUUUCCUGCUCGUUUCUCAGACGUCAUUUGGCGAGGAAACCCAGGGUUGUUGAAAUGCGCCCGCGACCGACGCUAUCACCAGCUACUUUUUAGUUUUCGCCGGCUGUAGAUUGUUCGAGAAAAGUAAAAAAUGGACGAUUAAAAAAAGUUGUUAAGUAGAAAGUAGAAUAGAAAAAGAUAUUGUUUUCAUCAUGCCCUGAAUGUUCUUUUUCAUGAUUUUUAAGGUGUUUUCUAAUCUGCUCCCACUUAGUUCUUUCCAUAGCCGUAAUAAUUAUGAUACCGCGAAGCGAAUAAAAAUAGUGUUGAUGCAUGCGAUGGGUUUUGUUUACAUAGUGUUUAAAUAAUCCUUUGUUUAGAAUGAAGAAUAAAAGACACACGAAAGCUUUUGAGUGGUUUUUCGCACACUCAUCUGGCACAAGUUUGUGUUUGAAAUUGAAAGAAGUGUAAUGCGAUAUAUUAAAGUACCUAUCUUACAUGAAAUUGGCUGACAAACAUGACGCAUUCGAAAACAUUAGUAAUAAUAGACGUGUAGAACAUCGUGUAGUUUUUUUUAUGGAUUGAUGCUACGUGUGCAGACAUAAAAUUUGUUAUGAUAUAUCUUCCAAGGAAAGUUGUCUGAAACUUCAUUCUUACGCAGAAAGUUGCCUGUAAGAAAAGCAUUUUUAAUUCUGCAUCAAAGUUUGACUUUCGUACGUGCCGCUAACGCCCGCGAAUGAAUAUUCCCAACUCUUGGUAUCCAGUUACACUUGCUCAACCCACGUGGUCUGAGAAACUUGUAUUCAGAGUUUGUGUGAGAAAAUGGCUAAACAACAGUCCUCUCUGGUCAACUUUUUUAGCAAAAUUAGCACGAAGUGAAGAAGCGGCAGAUUUGUUGAUAUUUUUUAUACAAAAGUGUUCUAAAGUAAAAUAGUUUUUGUUGACCAGAAGUAAGUUUUUUCUUCGCGGUGAUUUUACAUCUGUUUUUUCCUUUGUUUGACUGUGAAAGUGAUCAUGAUUUUUUUUAGCGUUCAUACAAAUGUUUCAUAAAUCUUAUUAUAGCAUUACUGAAUUGGUUUGUAUUAAUAGCGGGGCUCCCGCGCGCGCGAAGCGCGCGUGGGACAGAGCCCCAUACCCAUGGAAUAUGGUCAACCUCUUUUCGUUUGGUUGUCACGUGAUUGACCGAGCGUACGUACGUACGUACGUACGCGUCUACAGAUUGUAUGGGUGGGGUAGGGGAGACUAUCAAAAGGAAGGGAGGGGUAUCUCAGGCGUGUCUUGGCAAGCCCACAUCUUUAAUAUAGGACAUUAAUAAUAUGGUCAAUUGACAGCUGUCCAAACAGGAUAGCCACUGACCAGUAUCCCAUGACCAUAUCGCGGGCUCAUGUGUCAACUCAUCCAGGUGACGUGAUUUAUUUGGAAGCUGUCCGCUGACCAGUUAACUGUUUUACUAGAUCGCGAACAACGUUCAAUCUCAUACUUUUACUAGUUUGGGAGCACAGGAAAACUGAUAAUGCACACAUAUUGGACAUCAAUGUUUUGAUCAAUUGACAGCUGUCAAAACAGAGUACCCGCUGACCAGUAUCACUUGACCGUAUCGCGGGCUCAGGUGUCGACCCGUCGAGGUCAAGUAUUUUUUGAAGUUAUCCGCUGACAAGUAAACUAGUUUUCAAGUGAUCGCAGGCUCAAGUUCAAUUUUUUUUCUUAAUUCAUAUGAAAUAUGUUGUGUUUAUGUGCUGCACAAUUAAAAUUUUGAUUGCAAACUGACCUCGGACGUGAAAAUUCAGCCAGCUGUUACAGGCAGGGAAGACAGUUGCUUUUGUUUUUCUCACAAUGGUCACGCGUUGGUCACGCUCUACGUCCAAUUUUUAUGCUCUGAUUGGUCAAAAUUUGACAUGUGAGUUCAUGCGCAAAAUUUAUGCAGCAUCUUGAAUCUUGUUUACUUUAACAGCUGAAGCUGACAGAGUUUUGUGUCAACUUGUGAUGUUUUUAACUGUCUUUUUCCACUGGAUGUACAAAAUGAAAUUCAGCUGCUAUCAGGAGUCUUCUGUUACUGAUGGCUAGUUUGUUUAUUGGGUUUUUGGUUGAGAAAACGUCGCUUGUCAAAGUCGGAAAUCCGAUUUCGGAUGGCAUCGUUUUCGUUUUCACCUUGCUUGAUGCGUAAGAGGAUUGCAAAGUCUGAAGCGAUACUGGCUUUACCUGAUAACUUUCAGGAGCUGCAUCUCGAAUGGUAAGCCAGAGAAAUUAUUGUAUUUCAUGUUUGUUUUUUGUAUCUAAUUUAAUGAAGUGGAGCGUAGUUUAUGCGGGAAUUUAGUUUAUGCGCGUUUUUGUAAGUUUUGAGACAACGAUCUCACCGAGUAUCUGGUUUGAUAUAAUCUUACAGAACUUUAAAAAGCCUUUAGACAGUUUCUCACCGCAAAUAGAAAGAAAAUGUUCCAAAGAAUCUUUAGUUAUAAUUCUAGCCGGAAAAGAAAGCUUUGAGCGAUUUUCUUGCCUCGAGUUCGUCUUUGAAAAAACAAACACCGGGAAGCUGGCUUAAAACAUAAACUUCAGCAAACUUAAGCUUGAAGCUUGAAGACUCAGGAUAUUUAGGGACACUUUAAUACUUGUCUUCCUGAAUGAAAAUUGUUGUCUCUGUUUAUGUUUCACCGAAUUAUAUUUCUUUUAUUGAUUGUUGGUAGUCUCUCUUGCAAUUUUAAUCGCUAUGCCGAUUGUUUUCAGUCGUUCAGUGAACAUCGCUUGCAGGAGUUCUCAAAAUGCCGCGCGUUAAACCAUCAAAUAAAAAAUAAACAUGAUAAAUUCUUUAUUAUCUUGGAGCGUAACUCUGUUAAUGUUCAUUCAAACACUCGCUACAGCUCGCACUACAAAAGUGAGAACCGGAUGGCCGUAUAGGUGAUUUUGGAAAAUUUUUUUAACAGUUUAUGAAUAUUGAAUGAGAGCAAUUUGUAUUGUGAAAUACUGCUUUCUGUCCAUGGUGUAAAAGGUUGGUUUACACGCACCCAGAUUUGUUGGCAAGAUUUUGCAAAGUAAACUUGUCGAACAUCAAAACGUUGGCCUGAUUUUUUUUCUAAGCCUAAUUGAUCUACGGUGAUCAAUAGCCAUUACGGCUCUUAAAUGUGAUAAAAGAUGAUUACCAGUUUUUGAGUGUACAUAUGAGGCUAUCAACUCGAUGUAAGAUUUGGUUCACUCUUGGGCUGUUUGCAAAUUAUUUUUCUCUAAAAUCAGGUAGCCUUUCCCUCAAAAGUCACAUAAAUGUGCUCUAAAGUUAACUGAAUUGUGGAAUUCGAAUACAAGUUUAUUGUUUAAUUUAAAUUAUAAAUUUACUCAUGGGAGCCUCGCUUUUAGCCCUGGCUAAAUCUAUAUAUUAUUGAUUGUGAAUUUUGUAGUUAUUUGAAUCCUUCUGCUUCCUUAUGAAUGUGAUAAAUUAUUUGAUUGAAGACAAGUAUACCCAUACAGAAUCUAAUUUAUAAUCGUGAAUUAAUAAUCACACAACUUUGUCACUCUUAAUAGACUAAAGAAAUGAUCUGUUAUCAGUAAAAAAAUCUUACUGUGAAGUAAUAAACAUUAUUAUUGUAAACAAAAAAAUAUGGACCUAUUAAACAUUUACUAGGAUAUGGCAUCCAUGGAAAAUAAAAAAAACUGAUUGAUGAUUUUCAUUCGAAAACAGAUAGUCAGGGUUGUUAGCUUUGCUCUCAGGAGAGCCAAUUUCUGCUAGCGUUAAAACCUCAGAUCCGUCUUGCUCCUGGGGCCUUCGCCCCUUGGAACCCCAGCAGGGUGCUGCCCCUGUAGCCCACUGGGGGGCCCGGGACCCAGGACCCCAGACCUACUCACCUCGUGCCUGGGGGGGCUCCGGCUCCCAGUGCCACCUACUUACUUUAAUUCUCCUGCCACUUGAAAUUGUUUUGACAACCCUGGAAACCAGUGGUAGCGUCGCCAAAUGUCGGCUGUUUUCUAAGGCUAGAUAUACAUGUAUAUUGAUCAAGGAGGAUGUUAUCCACUCAGGCUUAAGGCUGAUCAGAUCUGCUUAAUUUAGUCUUUUUAUCAGACAAAAGCUGAUUUCAAUUAUUGUUUUAUUGUUGGUUCAAAAUAUUUCAAAAUUUUUCAGCAAUGUUAACCUCUCCUUAAAAAUUUCUCCAAAGCAUUUGCUCUGUUUGUCAACUGCAGGAUUUAUGGUUUUUGUUUUUUUUUCCUCACACAUACUUCUCCAAAAAAAGCUGACGUCCAUAGGGCAAUGGCAUAUUGAAAUUCUCCUGUUCAGUUUUAGUUGCAAAUUCAGCAACUUCGUGUUUGGAUAGCCAUGAACUCUUUCAACAUUAGUUUGAGUUCACUCAUGCAUAAACAGCUAAGCUUAAGGCCAUCUGACACCACACCACUGCCUGGAAGCAAGGUUGCCCUUUCAUAUUGGGGUAAGAACUCAUCAAAUCAGUUUGAGGGGAUUGGAAACUUUGGCAAAACAGCAAAAGAUAUUUAGAUGAAAUCAGUAAAGUAGCUAUGUACAUGCUCAUAUGUCAGUUCUCCUGUUUCUCUGGGAGUACAUCUCCUGGAUAUGGCUCCAGUCUCCCUGUCUCCUGUCACCAAAUCUUAGAAAAAAUUAACUCUUGAAAUUGUCUGUGCUUUAGUUUAGAAGGUUAUAGCCCAUUUUUUCCCAAACUUGGAAACAUUUCUUAAUUCUAGGGUAUUUUUGCACAUAUUGUGCCACUGAACUUUGAUAGUCUGUAUUAGGUCCUUGUCUGUUAACUUAAUGCAAGACCUCAUCAAAUGUCCAAAGCCACAUCCAUGUUAUACUUUGGUCUCAGUCAAUUUAUGUUUAUCCAAGGCAAGUUAUCACAGAAUCUGGACAAGUGAUGUGCCAUAAUUUGCAUUUUAAAGCCCUAUUUUUUAUUUAAUUUCUGCUUUUGUUUCAGAAAGCUUUCAAUUCAUUAACACAACAGCUCUUGUGCGUGUGGUACUAGAAUUCAACAAGACUCCAGUUAAUCAGUCAAUCAGCUGUCGCACAGAUGACCCAAAUGCUUCUACAACAUUGUUUUUCAAUUUUCAAGAACAGCCUGUUGGUGGCAGAAUUUCUUUGGAUAAUCAAGUCUAUACCAUUUAUGGUGUUAAGAAGACUGAUGCUGGGUAUUACCAAUGUAAGGCUACAAGCAGUCAGGCGGGUGUUGGGCCAAUUGAAUCCCAGAUUAUGAUUUUUGUCGUUGAUGAAGGUAAAUGGCUUUCAUGUAUACUUGUCCCAAUUACUGGUCAGUGUAUGUGGAAGAGGGGGAAAUCAUUGUGUAUUUUAAGGGGCUAUAGACAUGAUACCGGAAUGACUCAUUCUAUCUUCAUAUAUUUCUCUGUAUUUGUUUACAUGAUACCAAAACAACAUAUUGUUCUUGUACAAGUCAAUGUGGAAUGAGUUCAUUCUGGUUUUCUUUCCCAAUGAAAUUGUCAUUCACGUUUGAAAUUUCAUUCUUGCAUCAUGUAAACUGAAAACAAACUUCGUUGACUGGAUUUAGUAUCGCAAAUUGUGUAGUCUGUGGCGAGUGGCGCAUGCAUAUCUGAACUAGUGUGAAAACUAUGUAAGCAAGAAGUGCUAUCCAACUUUAGAACAACUGGGGUCAGGUCCUGAAGGUGUUCAUCUUAGAGAGAGUUGACUGUAGAGUGUAUAGAGUGUUGUUUUUUUCCCUUUAUAUUAAAUUCUUUUUUGAAACCCAUUCCUUGCUUUUUUAGAGAUGACACCGUGCUGUCCUGACAUCUAUCCUUCUUUAGCAACUUUGAAGCCUGGAGAGAAUACAAGUUUUGCUUGUCAUGUUAAGUUGAAAAGUGGUAACAAAGUUUCCCUAGAAAAAUACCUUGAUUUUACGUGGUACAGGAAAAAUGGAUCAAGCUAUGUGAAAAUCUCUGACAGUGAAACACGCAGAUAUAAUGAAAGUUGCUCACUUUUAAUGAUUAAAAAUGCCAAGGUUACUCCAGUUAACGGAGUGUAUUACCACUGCGAGAUAUUUUAUCGGGGAAACAAACUAAAGAAUAGCAAGACUUAUGAUGUUGCUUUGGUGGUUCAAGGUAAGUUGGUAUUAUUUUAUGUUGGUUAUCCUGUGGUUUAUCCUUGAUUUCCUCUGGUUUCUCAUGGGAAAACAGUCAAAGUGAUAAAUUGAGUGCCUAAAGUACGUGCAAGCUUUUAAAUUUGAUUUUGCUCAUAAAUGUGCUUCUGGCUAUCAAUUGCUCUUUCUUUUCCGCUAAGAUCUAGGCACAUCCUUGUCUCCUGGGGGACAAGAGAAGCAUUUCAAUGAUUAGACAAAGUAAAGACUUACAUAGGCUUUAAUGACGGGAUAAAGGUGACCUAACUUUAAGCAAAGACGUUUAUGAGCGAUGCAAGUCAACCGGAAGUGGACCUUUUGGAUUCUCGGGAAGUGGUUUCGCUUAAAUUUACGGCAAAACCGUCUCCAUGACUUGAAAGGCACUUGGCAGUUUAUUACAAAUCAGGGGCACCCAACGUCAAUUUUUUGGAAAAUAUGUCUUCGGAAGACGAUUUGAAAUCUAGAAUUUUCGGAAUAUUUGUUGUAAAAUUUAUUGUUUGCCUGUCUCUCCUAGGAUUUUGGAACAUCCUAGAAAUGUUAUAAUUACCCAUUUUUAACGGAUUUUUACCCUUUGAAAGGUCACCUAGAAUUUUCGGGAGCCUUUUUAUGGCUAAAAUUUUCGAAAGGGUAAGUUUUGAUCUCUAUAAUUUUCGCAUCACAAGACUUUCAGCUAGGAAAUCCGAACAGAUGAAAAAUUUUUAGGGGAUAAAAAUAUGCCUAUAUCUACCUUUUAAAUACUAAAAUACGUUUAACAAUGCCGUCUUUUAGUGGUUUUGAACUAUAUUCUCGUUGGGUGCCUCUGACAAAUUUGGUAGUGUCAGGACAGAUUACAAGGGAAAAAAGCCCCACUCCCGGUUCCGGUUUAGACUAUUCCACACUUCUUCACCUCUGAGAAGUAUAGAACUAAGUGUAAAAACUCUGAAUGUCAUGGCCAAGGCUAGACAUAGCGCAAAAAUCAAGAUGGGAAAUGGGUACCCUUUUCACCUUGAUUUCAAUAUAUGAUGUGUACUAAUGAUCUGGUUUUUACUGCGCUUUUCGAAAACACGCUAACUCUGAAAUUCAAAAGCCGCCUUCACGAUUACGUAUUUCGCUGCCGUCGAUCAUGAUUACGAUCACAAGCAACGAACCUUGAAACACAGACUGAAACACACAAAACGAAUCGAAAUCCACUAAUCACAAAUCACAAACCAUGACCUUUUGAACCCGUUGAAGAAAAGUUCUGAUUCCUAUUAAGAGGUCCACUGAAAUGAUUGACAGCAGCGAAAAACGCAAAGGCCGUUGGCUUUUGAACUUCGGUAUCCGUGUUUCUUUGAAAAGUGCAGUAACAGAUUUCAGUUUUAACGGAUCUGUACUUGCUUUUAACAGAUUUCAGUACAACAAGGAUUGAGUAUUGCAAAGUUGACGGCGGAUCGUCUGUGGUUCAUGAACCAAAUGGAGUGAACUUAAGAUGUAAAGCAGAUGGCUAUCCACUUGCAACAAUAAGAUGGUUUCACAAUGGAACCGAGAUCCAAGUGUGCAAAAAUGAAACUUCCAGUACUGGCUGUGCCGGAGGGCGCUAUCAAGUAGCAGAAGAUCGCAACAGAAAGUUUGCUUAUGUGGAAAGUUCUCUAAUGAUAAAAAACACAAAGUACCCUAGGGAUCAUGGGAACUACACUUGUGUGGCAAACAAUAGUGAAUUGCAAAAUACAACAGAAGAUGUGGAAAUUUCUGUUUACUGUAUGUCAUGUAGAAAUCUAGCUUUAAUAGUUACUGUAAUAUUCAGGGUUUUUGGCCUACUAUUCCAACGAUUCCUUCAAAAAAAAAACAAAAACAAAAAAAAACAGUAAAUUAACUAACAGCUUUUUUUCGGUCUGAGGUCAGAGCCUUCCUGAAAAACGCGGUUUUUAUCCAUUUUCGAGCAAAAAAAAAAACGUAAAAGGUGGCUACAUGCAAACGUACUUUCAGUGCUAACCCGGUAGAGCUCAAAGGCACACUCAGAUUUAAUGCACAUACUAGGUUUAACAUAGAACCAACCACCAAUAAUCUCCUUUUGUUUCACGAGUAUAGUAAUAUUCAAAGCAUGGGGAAACGGCUUUUUUUCCUCCAAAUUCUUGAAAAAUUAUAAUCUUCUUUCAUAAAUUUUCACUGCUUAUUCGCAAAUGUUUUCAAGUCAAAAAGAUAUGCUAUCUCGGGCGAUGAUAACUUGAGAAAACAGUCGACAUUUCGAGACGCCACCGCUGUUUUUCCCGCCAAAUGACGUCUGAGAAACGAGCGCAGAAUUCCAUUCUGACAACAUGUCAUUACCCAGGUCAUGGGUAGUGCUUCUGAUUUGUUGAAAAUUUGCUUCUACCAAUCAUGAACACUACCCAGGUGCGGGAAGUCAUGUCAAAAAUAAUUUUGAUAGUCAACUUGAGUAUGUGGAUUUGCGUGAUUCGGUCAAACAGGCAAGAGAUACUUGGCAAAAAAAGGGAAUUUGGAAUGAAACAACACCAACUCUAUUUCCGUUUCCGCUAGUGAAGUAAUUGAAUGCCGGCGAACAUGUAGUUCAGAAAACAAGGGCUUAAAUAGCCGUGUUUCUUUUUAGGUUUAUGGUAACUGGUUUGACUUACUGAUAAUUGCCGUUCUUAGCCAGCUGUAAGAGACAAAUGGUUUAAUUAUUAUUUAAGUAACAAAUUAUUUUGUGCUGAUAAUUUCUUACCAGCUCCACCGACUUUGGACAAAAUCAGAGAAAUUUGGUACUCGACUACAGUAAUAGAUUGCAAGGUUUCCCGGACCAAUCCAUUGCCUACAUUCAGAUGGCAAUAUCAGAGUGGACUCUGUUUAAAUGACAACCGCGAGUGUAAGCCGUCAGAUUCAAAAUGGCAAGACGUCUCAGCUCCCUUUUCUGUGUCACCAGCUGUGGACGUAGCAACUGGUGUAAGCAAGCUUACCUUCCCUCAAACUUUACGAUCUGCGUUUUUCCGAUGUGUAGCUACCAAUGCGAUGGGGUCUGAUGAUUAUGUCAUGAGGUUCUUAGGUGGUAGGUUGAUUUACUUUUUACACCUCAAUAUACUUGAUUGGCUAGCCUGAGAAUAGAGCCGCCUAUCUUCGCUGCUUGCCCCAAACGUUCCUAGUGGCGAUGGGUGAAGCGAGCAGCUGUAUUUGCUGGGUGCUGCUCGACGCGUCUUUCAGAUAUGUUUGUUUGUUUGGUUAAUUUUGUCAACUCUUUAUCUUUAUCUGGUUUGUUGUUAUUUUUUGCUUUUUUUGUUGUUGGUAUUGUCGAUCCUCUCCUGUCUUUGUAUUCAAUUUAUUUUGCAGUGUUCUCUCUUGAUUCUUUAAAAAUAAGAUAAAAACAUCGUAGAUCGUUUUUUAUCGGUUCUUUUUUAUUGUCAGUCAUUGAACUGCUGUACGUCAAUCAUCACCUUAAUGCCAGUUAAUAUACUACAUACUGUAAGCACAAAGUAUUUUCUCUUACUUCACAUUACAGGUUCUUACGAUAAACCACUAAAGAUAAUCGCAAGACCUUCAGAGCAUGACGAAGGCAACACUAUGACGCUUAGAUGUGAAAUGUUUUGGAAGGGCUCCAUGAUAACUUGGCGCAAAGAUGGCGAACAGCUGUCGCAUGCUGCCGAUAGGAGAGUGAAUAUCUCAUCAACAGUAAGAGCUCAUCUGACACAGACUCACUUAGUGGUGAAGAGAGUUGCGACAAAUGAUUUUGGAGAAUACACUUGUGGAGCAGAAGAUGACAGUGGACACCACUUUACUGAUUCCAUAAACAUUACAAUCAAAAGUAAGUUAUAACUCAUGUAUGCAGGCGUUAAUCAGUAGCUUUUCGCAGUCAUGAAAACCACUCAAGCUAAUUAGUUGGCUUUAGCGAUCGAUCAUGAUAAGCAUAUACGCUAUUGCGAACAGCUGAAAUUUGAAAAAAAUACAUGUUUGUUAUUUGCUGAAAGCAUUUUUAUCGUUAAAACAGGAUGAUUGAUAAAUAUUUCGCAUUAUAUUGGUGUCUUUGCCCGUCUGAGAGGAGAACGUCUCGACUUUUUCUUCUAACGCCCUUGAUGACGUCACUGUUUUACCCAUGAUUUUUCCCGUAAACACUCUACCUUACUGAUAACAUUAGAUAUGUAAACUGUUGCAUUUUCCUUCGUUUUUUUUUUACGGAGGAAAUUACAUUUUUGAGCCCCUAAAUUUGAAAACUUUUCUUGGUGAGCAGACCCCCCCACGGAGGUCUCCUUUUUUUCCGAAAUCCUUGUUUCGGUCCUCCAACGGGCUCAAAGAAUUACCAGAAAUGCGUUUUGAAGUUCUAUUCAACCUGAUUGGCAAAUCGACAAUGGCUUUUUUAACAGGCCAAUCAUGGCGUGUACUCAAAUCCUGGUACAAAGGUAAGGGGGGGGUUAGGGUUAGGGUUAGGGGGAGGGGCUAGAACAAGGCUUUUGGCGCAGUUUCGCGGAAGGACUUAACCAGAGUUAAAUUUCGUCUGUAGCACAGGCUACCCCAAAUGGAGAGCUCACUUGCAGGGUAAUUAUUUUGCUUCUUCCCUCACUAUUUCAAAUGUUGGCGUACUCUUUUGGAGAUGAAUUCCAGAGAGUCAUCCAAAAGAGGAAGGAAACAUUCUUGUAGUUUGAUUUCACAUAGUAAAACUACUCUUUUGACUCUUUCUUUUAUGCUGACAUUCUCGUUGCCGUCGCUGUUGGAACUUUUUAAACUCCUUGAUAUUAAAUCUCGGUCACAUUGCGUGAUUUUCCUUUUUCAGAUGUUUUUCCGUCAACGAUUCUCAGUUUUUCGAAUAAAACAGUGUACAAGAAAACAACCGUGAAAUUGAGAUGCAGCAUUUCUGCUUAUCCGGCUCCAACGGUGCUGUGGUUCAAAGACGGGACAUCUCUCGAAGUGACACAGGUCACCAUCGGAGAGUCGGACUCUUGCGAAAGCAGGAAGCUUCUUCCAGGUUUCUAUCAGGUGGAUAAUUAUGUUGACCAGCUGUUGAUAUGUUCACCUUCACAUGCUGAUCAAACUGGUUUUUACAUGUGUCAAGCUACUAACAGGCAAGGGACAAGUAGUGCCACGGCUUUCUUGGAUGUUUUGGGUAAGGACUAAUUCGAGGAAGGUUGAAUGAAUUUUUGCACUUAAAAUUAUCAAGACUUGUUGUUUAUUCCUCGCUUUGUAAAUGCUGCAAAUUGACCGAUUUCGAUUUAUUAAAAUCAACUUGAGGCUCCACGUUAAGGAAUACAUUCUUCUCUCUUAUUUCCCCAAGCCUCGAAGCCAAGUAUUAAUUUAAAUACAGUCGAACCUCCAUGUGCGACCACCUCUCGUAAGCGACCAACUCCCAUAAGCGACCGCCAAUCCAAAACACCAAAAUUUUCCUAGUCAAAGCCGUACAGUUGGAACGUGUAGUAAACGGCCACCUCCUGUAAGCGACCGGGACCACGGUUAAUGAUUUUUCUAUUGUUUUUAACCUCUUGUAAGCGACCACUUGGUGUAUUCUCUGAUCUCCACUGUUACUUAGAAUAUAUGAAGAACUUUAGAGACAACGUGGAACAACAUGUACACCUAUACUACCUUGAGAGCAGGCUAAUUUGAUGAGUUCAUCUUAACCCGUGAAUGUAAUGAAGCGAUGAAGAUGAUGUGAACUGCGGAAAUACAAAUAUUUUAAAUGAGGAUAAUUAUGAUCGUCGCAGUGGUAAUUGCAGUUUUAGCAAUUGCAAAUUAACCCGAGGAAACCCGAGAAGUGCAGAUUUUUUUUCAACAAAUUGGCCUGCUAUCAAUGUAUGGGUCUUCAUAGCUUAAUUGGUUAGAGCACUGCAGCGCUAACGCAGAGGUCAUGGGUUCGAAUCCCGUUGAAGUCCCGGAUUUUUUCUCGGAUUAAUUUGCAAUUGGUUGAAUUGCAAUUACCACUGCGACGAUCAUAAUUAUCUUCAUGUAAAAAAUUUUGUAAUGUCGUAUGAAUUUUAUUUGAAUCAACCCUGAUAAAAUUUAUACGUCCAGUAAUUGUUCUCACUUCGAAAGUUAAGCCCUAUUUAGCAGCUGUGCAUGAUAUGAGUUACCCCCGGCGAGAUUACUAAUUUCGACUUUCAAGCUGCAAUGAUGUGAUUUGAAAGGCGACGAUUUUUUACAUAAUUAUUGUGUCCACAUCAGGUGCUUGCGUUUCUGGGUCCAUGCACUCAAGAAUUAUUUUAGUCCUGCUUUUGAAAAAGUUCCUCAUUGAGUAGUUAAAAAUUGGAAAAGCUGUUCUCUUGUGGCGCAGCUCAUGUUGAAUUUAAUAAAUGGCUGUUGUGGCUCUUGCUGAACUUAAUGCUGCGAGGGUCAUUUGUUCAUCAAUAUGUAUAUUUUUUUUUUUCACAGAGGACCCAAACGUUUUUAUAAUUCCAAGCAAGGACGUCUUCCAGGUGAAGCUGGGCGCACUGUGGAAUGUAACAUGCAAAGCCACAGGAAACCCAAUGCCAUUUGUGCAGUGGAGAAAAGAAAAAACACAAGAGGUUGUCACUCCAAAACGCCGUGCCCCUGAAGUUGUGAUGCUGACCAUAUCACCCGUUACUGAAGCCGACUUGGGAAACUACACUUGUGUGGCAGAAAAUUCCCAGGAUGUUACGACUGCACAUGUCAAGCUAGGUGAGCCAGUUUUUUUAAGACCCCGAGUAUUGGCCCGGCUCGGGAAUCUAACCCACGAACUCCCGCUCUGCAGUCAAGAGCUUUACCGACUGACCUGACCCUUCCUGUAGUCUCCUUCACAGCCGUUUUUAGUACAUUACCUACUUCAGGAGCUUUGCGCAAUGGUACUGAAAACGGCUGCAAUUGAAGCUAUUGAAGCCUGUAGCUGAAAUUAAAGAUUUGCCGUCUAUUUUAAUAUCAGAAAUAACUGCGGGGUUAAAGCUUUUGACUGAAAAGUUUCUCUGUGUCUUUAUAUUAGAAACAGUACAUGAGUGAUACCCAUUAUUGCAGUUAGUUUUAUUGUUGUUAGUUUGAUGGCCUUUACUUUCACUACUCUUGUAACUCAGAGGUAAUUCACCAGGACCAUAUAACCAGAAGGUAAAAACAAAUUCUUCUUCCUGUGGAGUGGCAAGUGAAAUUAUGUCUUUAUUAGUUCUCCACCUGACUAUUUAACAAAAGGAAAUGUGGCGGAAUGAUCGAAAAGAGAUGGUGAAUUAUAAGGCUGGUGAAUACAUGAGAAAGAUGUUUUUUAGUCCGCCGUGACAUAGGCGGCUCGGAACUGGAAAAGUUCAAGUUCCUCCCUACAGUUCUUAGGUUUUGAAUCCUGUUGGGAGACUUGGGAGUAUUCGGAAUUUUUCCUGCGAGUCGCCUGUGUUAUAAUUGCGGAACGGAAUAGAACAUCUUUCUUAAAAGAUUGGCCUUUUUACCACUUUUGAUUGUGGGCCAUCUUAGCAAUUCUUGUGCUACGCAUUGCUAUUACAUUUGGGAUCAUUAUACUUUUCUGGGAAACUGCCAACCUACCCCUCCCCUAAGCCAAUAUUUUGCCCUAAGUGAGAAGCAGGCGGUGUGCGCACUACGAUCGCUAAGCAUCAUGGGCGGUAUUCAAAAUCUGAUCAUUUGUGUCAAGAUGACGGGGAGUGAACAUCUCGACUGCGGUGUGAAUAUUCGUUAAUUACGCUGUAGAUAUAUACGAUUUUGCUUUGAAUGUCCUCCGGAAGCCCUUGAAAAAGAAAGUUUGUCCAACUCUCAGGGAAAAAACAGUCUCAUUCCGUUGAUAAGUGUAUUCUGAUGUAUUUUGUUCGUAAUCACUUGCAUCCUGUUUGCAACUGACCGAGAAAAGUCGGCACAAUGCUUCAAUCAUGAAAAGCACUGGAGGUAAGACCCGCGGUUCGCCGAAAAUUUUUGAAUUUACCGUGAAAUCAGUGCAACUAGUGCUAAGAGGUACUGAUGUGCAUAGCUGUGAUAUACUCAUAAAAUACUAGGAGCUUCUUCAGAAUACCCGGCAACGGUAUUUAAACACAGUGAGCUUAUUUUGUUUUGUCAUUCAGCAUUGCAAGAUGUUCACUUGCUAGCUGUAAUAAGAGAAUCGAAGUUGAGGGGUCAUCGUUUCGAGGACUUGUUUCUCUGUUGGCACCAAGUCUGCAUUUCGUUUUGCUUAACAUCUGUAUUUAUCAUCACAUGAAGACAAGUAAAUAAAGUAGAGAGUAUUUGUGUACAGUGAACUUGUGUCCUCUUUAUAGAUAAUAUAAUAUUGAGCAUCUUUAUUUGCCAUAUUUUUCUAUUGGUAUGAGUCAUAGAAUGUCUUAUAACUGGAUUGAAACUGAAAAUGGCAUAUUUGUGAUUACAAAGCCUGAUGCAGUCAAUAGAUUUUAAAAGCUGCAGCCAAUAUUUGUUUAAUGAUUGUGUCAGUAUGUACAAACACAUGUUAUCACAUAUUUUUUUGGAUUAUAAAAACUCUUCAAAAUGUGAAAUUCAUACAUGUUUACAAAUCUCCUGUAAUCAGGGCUGGGGCAACAUAGCUUGAGACCCCUUUCCUUUCUCCUCACCCCAAUUUUAUAAUUUAAAUAUGGUGUCAUAGGUCUCAUCAUACUCACAGUCAACUCUGUUAUACAGACACUGAGGGGACUGUAGAAAUUAACCAUCUUAAUUUAGAGAAAAUUUAAGGGCUUUUUUCCAGGGAACAAAGCAAGCUAUCUGUAAUGAUGAGCAAGGCUGUGCUCUAAGGAACAUUGACAGGAGCCUAGUUCUCUGAACCUGUAAAAUCUAGGCUGCCCAGCAUAUGAUUUGUAUGAAAAGUCUGAGAUUUUCUAGUCACCCAAAAGCAAAAGUUAGGUACCAGAGGCCACAGGGCUCUGCUAGAGCACAGCCUUGAUCAGGUGUCUGUAUGAAGCGGUUGUCCGUAAAGAGGGCUUUUUGGUUACCAGUUAUUGCAGAGGUGGAUCCUAGUGGUACAGUAAAACCCCCUGACUUAGAACCUGAAUUUCAAGAACCUGUUCAGCUAAAAUAAAAUUAUGCCAGAUGAGCCCCCUUUAUAUAAAAACCUGUUUAGCCUAAAAUUUGAAACAGGUUCUUAUUUUUCAAAUCUAUGAAAAAAUUCUGUACACUUGAGCAGAGAUAAAUCAACAUUUAGAAUGUUCUUUGGAGACAAAGCUGUUUUAUCACUCCAACUGCAAUGUAAAUGCCAAUGUUUAAAUUUAAAUACAUUCCUCUUUUUAUGUCCAUUCUCACAUAACUUCUAAUUUGGUAUGCAGACUUUAUAUGAGGAACAAGGUGAAACACAAAUACUCUUAGCUACAUUUUUACUUCAGAAAAUAUGAACCCAUUUAAAAACCUAAAUAGCCUAAACUUGUGCUAACUACUAUUUAUGUAAGAAUCUGUUUAGGCUUACUUAGUUAAUUCAGGUUCUUAGUCUCAUGAUUUUACUGCCCCAUUGUUCCACUUUUUCUAUUUCCUUUCCCUGCCACCAUUUUUUCAGCCUUGGUUUCCAAUAUCAAAAGCACAUUCAAUGAUCAAGCAAUUUAUAUUUUAACUAAAGCCACCAAAAUAUGCAAAUUGCUUGAUAUAUAUUAAACAGUGUAAACGGGUAAACAGAUAGAAUGACAUCACUUUAAUAGCCUGUGUGGCAGGCAUUUCAAAGAAAAGGGAAAGUGGGUCUUGGUGCAAGAGAAAUGUGAGGGAAGGAGGGAGGGAAAUGCCUGCCACACAGGAGACUAAUUGUUUUUUGCAUUAUAAACAUCAACCAGGUGAAUGUUGCAAUCACUCCCUCCUUCCUCGUGCACUCUUCGCAUUUCUCUUGUGCCCAAAACCCUUCUCCCUUUCCUUUUAAAUGCCUGCUGUGGAGGCUAAUCACCACUGAAUAAAACAGGGACUAGGCAAGAAACUGACCAAGUCAUAACAUCCACACAACAACACACAACAAUCUUGGAAGUAGAUUGUUGGUUUCAAAAUGCACAGGGCUUAACUGUAUAAUCAAACUUAUCUUUUAAUUUAAUACCUGUAAUUCUAAUCCUACUGAUUUUAUACCUGCAUAAAGAGAGUCACAUGUAUGACUGCAAUUUUAUUAUGCUUUUUUAGUCCUAUUACAAAAACAGACAUUCCUACAUCAGAGUACUCAUCAGCCUAUUUAUAUACCAGUUUCGAACAUUUUAUGCUCACCUAAUGCUAUUGUUUGGAGGAACCAGUCGCCGCUGCCCCGCUAUUUUGUGAUCAGCUUGUGAUUACAACAGUAACACUUCCAGUAACAUGUCACAUUGGUCUUCGCGAGGCGACAUUUUCCCAUGAAAACAUGCCGGUUUCAAUUCGGAAAAAGUAUCACAAAACGUGGGGCGCGUUGGGGAGCGAUAAAAAAUUAGCGUAGAACAAGGUUUGUAGAAACACUUACAACUAUCUUCUACUUUCGACGGGCAAUAUAAUGGAAAUUAUAGCCUCUUAAAAACCGGGUUCAAAUUUCAUGCUCUUACAGGAGGAAUCUUCGGGCUCCACGUUUUAGAUUGAAAUGAAGAAUAUUGAUUUGUUUUUCUUCACAGAAAAAAUCUAAACAAAUAUUAGCUUGUGAAAUCGAGAAAAACUAUCUAAGGAAAGAACUGUAUCUAUUGAAAAAUAAAGCAUAUAACCUGCGAAAUUUCUCGACCUUCGCCGCCAUCUUGAAAAUUUUGAAUCCACAAUGCAUCGCAGUCGUAGUGCGCACACCGCCUGAGUGAGAAGUAAGUGUUAAGGUUGGCUUAGGGGAGGGGUAGGUGGGCACCCAGAAACGUAUAGCUAUAAUGAUCCAUAUAAUGUCACCCGAAAUUUUUCCCAUGUUUACUGAAGCAAUAGGUGAUAUUAUCUUUAUAGGUUCAACAGUACUCAGCAACUUUCCAGAUGUAUCGUGUUGCUCUGUAUAGUCCUGGCCCUCACCUUCUGUUGCUUUAUUCGUCGUCAGCAAAAGCAGAUUGCGGGGUAUCGUAGCCAGUUUUUUGUGAAACACUCAGAGGAAUACCAGGUAAAUAUCCGUGCAAAAGUCAACAUUCAAACCUGUAUUAAGCGGUCACCGCUGGGGAAUAGCUUACUGACAGCUUCGACAAACCUAAAAGUUAUCCAAUGUAGGUGGUGAAAGAGCGAAAUAUCACCCACGACAAAUUGACCUCAAACGGUUCACCAUUAUCUGUUUACCAGUUUCUACCACUUCUUGUGCCAAAAAAAAAAGAAGUAAAAGGCCACUAAACGCCACACACAGUGUAUCUGUUGCAUUAGUACGUUACAUCUUGUCCAAGUAAAUUCCGAAAAUAAGCCCCGGGACUUAUUUUUUUCAAAGGCCCUUUUUGAGGGGCUUACUUUUGGAGGGGCAUAUUUUCGGAGGGGCAUAUGUUCGAAGAGGCUUAUCUACGGAGGGAAAUGUGCGUUUCAGAGCCUUAUAGUUGGAAGGAAAUUUACCGUUUUUGGUUUAUUUUACUUUGCAUUGAAGGGAAAUUUCCGAGUACAAGCCCCCGAAAUGGGGGCUUAUGUUUGGAGGGGCGAUUUAAGGAAGGUUUUUUUAGCGUUACCGGUUUGGGGGCUUAUAUAUGGAGGGGCUUAUAUAUGGAGGGGCUUAUUUUCGGAAUUUUACGGUAACCUGUUGGGACGUCGUAAAAUGUAAUGAACAUAGUGUUAAAACAUUCAUUGUCUUGUUUUAGAUUGACCCUAAUCGCACACUGCUUGAACAUUGUAAUGAUCUUCCUUAUGACCCUGAUUUCGAGUCUGCUGAGGACAAGCUCACUGUUGGGGAGGUGCUAGGAUCAGGGGCCUUUGGAAAGGUCAUUAAAGCAAAGGCUAUAGGAAUAGACGACUUUAGUCCCAGAGACAAAAGUCCAGUAAAAGGGGGACCGCGACUCAGUCUGCUCCGGCGAUACGUAAACCGCAGUAAAAUGUACCACGAUUCGAGAGUUAGCGCUUCUAAGAAGACCACUGUUGCUGUAAGGACCCUUAAAGGUAACGUAAUAAAGUUUUUUGGCACUUAAUGCCGUUAAGCAAGAUCGUCUGCAACGUCUUUUAAAUUGAAUUUCCCGUUGGGGUGGUGGAGGGAGAAAUGAACUUGGCUGGUAGUAACCUAAGCAUCGACUUGGAGACGAGAAUGAGGCGGGGGAGGGGAUUCUGAGUACAUUACUGAGAGAAUUUAUGAUCAACUAAAGAUUAACGAAGCUGCGGGGUUGAAAGUUGC